UUUAAGUUUUGUUUUCCGUUGGCAACUGUGACCCGGUGGUAUUAGUGUGCCGUUAUUUUCUCAAAGAAGCAAAUUGGCCUAAUUUGGAGAAGUUCUGUAGAAGGAGGUGAAGAAGACAGCUAUGAACUUUACCCCGACACAUACCCCUGUCUGCAGAAAGCUGACAACUAUUUCCAAACAUGGUUCUGCGCAUGGCCUCAGUGGUUCUGCCAGGUGGAAGGGAGUGCUGUUUUCAGAUUCAGUGGAGUCAACUCCUUUGCCUUCCAUUGAAGAUCGUCUGGCUGUUCUCUGCCCUUCUCAGGAGCUUCUAGAAUAUUAUCAAAAGAAGAUGGCAGAGUGUGAAGCAGAAAAUGAGGACCUGUUGAAGAAACUGGAGCUAUACAAAGAAGCUUGUGAAGGACAGCACAAACUAGAAUGGGAUUUGCAGCAGAGGGAGGAGGAGAUUGCUGAAUUGCAGAAAGCUCUAAGUGAUAUGCAAGUCUGCCUCUUCCAGGAACGGGAGCAUGUUUUGCGCCUCUACUCAGAAAAUGACCGACUAAGAAUCAGGGAGCUGGAAGACAAGAAAAAGAUUCAGAAUCUCCUGGCUCUUGUGGGAACAGACACUGGAGAAGUGACCUAUUUUCAUAAGGAGCCUCCCAACAAAGUCACCAUUCUCCAAAAGACUAUUCAGGCCGCAGAUAUAUGUGAACAGAAUGAAUCUUCAGCUUUCAGAGCAGAUUCUAAAGUAAGCAAAAGAAAACCAGCAAUGAGAGAGAAGGAAGAAAGUUCUGAGCAGUACCAAAAAGACAUACAAACACUCAUCCUACAGGUGGAGGCACUACAGGCUCAGCUGGAAGAACAGACCAAGCUUUCUAGAGAACAAGUUGAAGGGCUCAUGGAGGAUAGACGGAUUCUUAUUGAGGAGAUACAAGUUCAUCACCAAAGGAAUCAGGACAAAAUCAAAGAGCUUACCAAAACUCUCCAUCACACCCAGGAACUGCUCUAUGAGAGCACCAAAGACUUUUUGCAACUCAGAUUGGAAAACCAAAAUAAAGAGAAAUCAUGGAUGCUUGAAAAGGAUCAUUUGAUGUCAAAGAUUAAGCAAUACAGGGUACAGUGUAAGAAGAAAGAAGAUAAAAUUGGAAAAGUUUGGCCAGUUGUUCAUGAGAGUCAUCGAAAACAAAAUGAAUAUAUUAAGUCCCUAAAGGAUAAGUUAGUACAAGAAAAAAAGCUGUCCAACAUGUACCAAGAGCAGUGCAUUUCCCUAGAAGAAGAACUUGCCCGAAUUCGUGAGGAAGAGGGAGUGAGGAGAGAGAUCUUCAAGGAUCGCUCUAACAAGAUGGGGAAGCGUUUACAGGUAAUGACAAAACGCUAUGAGGCCUUGGAGAAUCGGCGUAUCUUGGAAGUAGAAGGCUUUAAGACAGAUAUCAAGGUUCUCCGACAGAAACUGAAAGACUUGGAGCAAAUGCUCUAUAAGGUAAUUGCUGAUCUUGGAUUCUAA